UUAAAAAAACAAGAAUGAAAGUUACAGUGCAGUGUAAGGACAGACUUUCAUUGCCCUGCCAUCUUAUAGCUACAUACCUGGCAGAAAGUAGUGUGAAAAUAAAUAAAUGUUUUGUGAAUUGGACUGCUUUAGAAUAUAUGUCAUGCUGCAUACAGUAGACAAAGCAAUAGCACAUUUCAUACACAAAGGCAACCGAAUGUGUUGUACAGAUUACAAAAAGUCAAAAAACAAAACAAAAGAAACAAUUAAAUGCACACAGAAUAAAAACAUAGCAAUGAAUUAAAAGCAUUGGUCUUUAGCUUAGAUUUUAAAGUAAUCAGCAUUGUCUCAAGUCUAAGCACUUCUUAAAAUGUGUUCCACAUUUGAGCAGCAUAGAAGCUAAAGGCAGCUUUGGCAUCUUUAUUUUUGACUUUGGGAACAGCCAGUUUGCCAGAACCAGCCAACCCUUAGAGGUCUGCAAGGUUCAGACUGGGUAAGGAGAUCUAAUAAGUAUCUUGGACCUAAACCGUUCAGUGAUUUAUGGACAAGCAAUAUACAUAUUACAAUAUAAUUUUGAAGUUGAUUCUGUGAGAAAUUGGUAGCCAAUGUAAUGAUCUGAGAACUGGAGUUAUAUGUUUUGCCUUUUUGGUCCUUGGUACAACUCUGGCUGCAGCAUUCUGGAUCAGCUAAAGGUGUCUGAAUGAUUUCUUAGACAGACCUGUGAUCUGUGCGCUGCAGUAGUCCAGCCUGCUAGAGAUGAAAGCAUGUAAGUUUCUAUAGAUCAUGUUUUGACAACAAGUCCCUGAUCCUUACGGUAUUUUUAAGGUGGUAGAAGGCUGAUACAGUAAGACAUGUUUCCAUAAAAUGAAAUGCUUUACUUUAUAUAUUGGUAUCUUUUAGUCUGUCAGCUGACAAUGUGUAUAGUUAGCCUGAUGAGAGGGCCAGUGCUGAGGCUCAGAUUGAGAUUGUUUCCGGUGGGAGAAGCACGCUGACACACAGAGAAACACUAUUGAAGACAAAGACGCUGAAAGAAUAUUCUUGUUUUCCCACAACACAACUUUGGACUACUCGGAGCCCACGAGCUGGCUGUCCCUCCCGGUGACCGCCAGCAAGCACAGCUCCAGAACACGGAACGGAACGCAAAUUGAAUCAGCGGUUGGGCAGAGUGGAGUGGAGUGGAUGUGUCUGGUGGGCAGAGGAGUUGGGAGGUGACCUACCAGCCCACACACAGCCCCUCCUGGGAGGAGAGACUCUACAUUGAGCUCCAGGAGCUGCAGGCCUACAGGCAGGGAUGUCAUGAUGCUUUCCACCCCACAAGCAGCAGAAUUGACUGUGACCACGAUAUGUUUCCCCCCUCCUGCUUCCACCCUCCACACCUCACUGCACAGGGCUGAGUUCAGGUCUCCCGGGUUGUUUCCCUCGAGAUGCUGCUUGUGCUGAACCACAGCUUUCACUUUCUGGAGCUGCUGCUCUGAUGUUGGAGUACUACUCCGUAACCACUGGAGCUAUACAGGAAGCUGAUGUAAGAAACGGGGCAGAAGGGGAUGGAGGUGGAGAAGCUCCCCCUAAGGGGCUCUGGUACUCCCUACAGGCAGGACCUCAGGUUCAGAUGCAGCAUAAUGUAUGCAGUCCUACUCCAGCAGAGCUGCAGUGUACAGUAAUUCCUGAGCCUCCUGCCACCGGGCACUGUUGUGGUUUGAGAGUAUUGCAGACAGAGCUUCUGAAGGAUGGAUACGACCUCCCAUCCCAUGAUGCCCUGGCACAGAUCCUACCAAAUGGGCGCUACCUUUUCAAGGGAGCGAAGACUGAGCUCCACAGAGCAGUCCAACAAGAACAGAAGAGGCCAGCUGAGAGGCCAGAGGCUCCACAGGUCAACAGACCCAACAUAAACCACACCUAUCAAGUACAUCAUCCACAUAAACGAACACCUCUGCAUGACUUUGAGGAUGAUCCCCACAUGGCAGAGAUCACCGACCUCCAAACUAAGGAGGUGGAAAACUACCGUUCAGCCAUGAGUAAGAUGGCAGAAGACAUCAUAGUGCUGAGGACACAGGUGGUGACGUUGGACUCAGAAAACAGCCAGCUCCGCACUGAUCUGUCUCUGCAGCAGGACCUUGGCCGAGACCUGCUGGAUGAUACCGACAUUGACGUCAUGACCAAGGCUGAGAUUGCUGACCGUAUAACCUCUCUGAAAUUAAAGCUGGCCAGUGAGAUCAGUAAGGCUGCCUCUCAAAGGGACAGGAUCCAACAGCUGCAGAAUGACCUGAUCAAGAAGAAUGACAGUGAGAAGGAGCUACUAAAUCUUCAGAGAGUUCACCAGCAGCAACAGGAGGGUCUUCGGCGCCACCAGAGUUGCUUGGCAAAGAUAGCAACGUUGGAGGCCACAGUGAAACAGCAGGAAAAGGUCAUUGAGAAGAUGGAGAAAGCAUUAGAUGGCAAACUCAUAGAGAAGAUUAAGCGGAGUGGUGACAAAAGGCUGGGGGUGAAAAAGCAAAGAGGUGAGACUGACCACAGAAAGGAAGAGACGGAGUCGGCCCUGGCAGCAGAAAACACUCGUCUCAGAGGAGACUUGGACUGGAUUCGCCAGCAGCCUGCCUCACUCAUUAUACAGCAGUCAGCACAGACAAAAGAAACUGUGCCACUCAAGGAGAGACUGAGUUUACUAAAUAAACUGGAGAGGGCCGAGGCAAGAGUCCAAACACUGGAGGCUCAGCUGGAGGAGAACUCUAAAUUAUGGGGGAGACAGAAACAAGAAAUGUUGAUCAAACUGAGUGAGCACAGGCAUGGCUUUGUCCGGACGUCCACCACAAUCCUUCAUAAUGUUCCUUCGAGGUCUGUAUCAGAGAAGCAGCCAGAGGAAGCAGAAGCCCGUAAAAUGACCUGCAAAUGAACUACUUAACUGUUGGACAAGACUAAACACAGUUUUCUUUGAUUUAAUGUACCAAAUAAGAUAGUUUCACAAAUGAAUAUAUUUAGAUAUGUAAUGAAUGUAAUAAAAUGAUAUAUUACAAGA